AUGAGGCCGCUCACCACCACCACCACCACCACCACCACCCCGCCUAGCUACCCGCCCUCGGAGGACCCAGCCGCCUUUGCGGCCACGCUGUCCGCAGCUCCAUCGCCUUUUCUCUACCCUGAGCAGCUCGGCAUGCUUCCCUUGCCCGAGUCGCCAGUGCCCUCGAGCAGCACUCCGCACUUUGCGGCCCCGAGGCACCACCACCGCCAGACAGCCUCGGUGUCCUCGGGCCUGCACCCGGCCUCGCCCCUUACCCAGACUCCCCUGGUCCCGCCUGCGGACGUGCCGCACGGGCUCGAGGGCAAGCGCCGCGCCGACUGA